AUGCUUUCAGAGCUGGGAGUUACACUGCUGUUGUUAAUCGUGUAACACGACCAUGGGAUCGGGCGGUAGGCGGUUAGAAGGCCAAUAAGGAGUAUCAGUGUGGAUAUAGCGGCAAUGUUGUAAUGGCCACCUGUCUGGAGUAAUGGAACCGGGUGCUGCUGUGUCCGGCUGCUUCACCAACUGACAGUGUCUGCUGACUGCCCUCACACAAAGAACCAGCAUCUCUCCUGGAGAGUAACCUCGCCUUGGGUAACGAUCAGCUGGAUGACAGUGUGGCUCUGUCAAGUGGUUUGAAUAAAGGACUGAACUGUCAUCCAUCAGCAAUCCCAAUCUGAUAGAGAACACGCUUGAACCAGCAUCAAUAUCGAUAUGAGCGACAGGACUUGAAUAUUGAGAUUAAAUCAGCCAACAGCAGUAGGCUAGGAACGAUGUUUGUAUCAAUGAUUUAAUAAGCAGUGUGUGUGUGCCAUGUCGAAGAGGGAGACCAUGAGCUCCUUGCCCCUGACAGGGAUAUCCACAAGUGAUUUCAUUGGAUUCUUACACAUGUACCAGGACAGCAAUCAUCACUGACAGCUCACUGACAAGCAUGAUGUGUUUAACGUUCCAACUGAUCCUGUGCUGGUGUCUGCAUGUGCUGACAGAGCCAGUCGACUUGCCGCCUCCAGAGCCGGAGUUCCUAACUGUGCCCAACAACAUCACCGUGCGCGAAGGGGAACUUGCAAAGUUGCCAUGCUCCGUGCUGCACCUGGGAACAAAACAGGUGGGCUGGAAGCGUGUCGACAAGGGUCACAUGACAACAAUCGGGACAAUGACGUGGGUGAAGGAUCGUAGCAUCACAGUGGACCACAUCGAGAAAAGUGAGGAGGUUUCCGACUGGAACCUCAUGAUAAAAAAUGUCCAGCCCCUGCAUGCUGGGAUGUAUGAGUGCCAGAUCACAACGCCGGAGAAGCUGCGCAGGAAGGUGCAGCUGAAUGUGUUUGGUCCUCCCAUCACAGAUCCAGAUAUCUCCAUUAUGGGGAAGGAAUACGUUGAAACGGGGGAGGACAUCCGACUCGUCUGUAAUGCUACAGGUGGACCUCACAUUCCAGAGGAAAUAGACUGGUUCAAAGAUGGAGAUAAAAUUGACACUAAAAAGUACAGGAAUAUUUUAAUUACAAAAUAUAGGUCAUUACAUGACCGCUCCAUGGUCAGUGAGCUGAUCAUUGACCGAAGCACCCUCCGAGAUUCUGGGACUUAUAUAUGCAGGAGUUCUUCUGAUGAGAUUGAUAGUAAACGAGUUACAGUGUUAUUUGGAGAUUCCCCAAGAUGGGAGAGAGAGCCACAAAAUGAGGAGGGCACACCCUUCAAGGACAGAGAGAGUGGCGCUUCGAGACAGCGAUACUCCCAGGUGUUACUGCUGCUGUUACUAUUCCACAUAUACCAGUCUUCAUGUACGUAGCAGCAUGGAGGCUGCUGUCACCCUCCUCCUCCUCAGCCUUGGUGCUAUAGUGUGCCUUUGUCAGUGUGGUCCUCCCAGCAACCAGAACAAUAGAAAUCUCUGCAAUUUGUGGAUAUUUUUGAGAAAAUGUGUUUGUGAUAUUACAAAAUUUUAAUUGUACAGUUUUUCACAAAUGAAUUUGAAAUGGAACUUUAAUGAUUUCUUUGUGUGUUGAAAACAAUUUUUGGUUCUUGGAGAUUUUGAGUGAGAGGCACAGAAAGUGAGCUACACGACAUGGUGAGACUGGCUGGCUGACUGUGAAGCUGGGAACCACAGCCUGCCUUCCUGCCUGCAGCAUUCAGCAGCAAGGACCUGUUUAUUCAGGAAAGAUAGACCAAAGCUGGAUGUGUGUGUUGAAAUAGAGAUGGAAUUGCUUUUAGUUAUUUUGAAUGUGAGCAAAAUUGCAUUCGAUGAUGAAGUUGUUUUGUCUGAUCUGCAAAAGGAUAGCAUUGUAAGUGAUGUCGUAUACAAAUGGAUGGUGUUCCCUUGUGAAGAAAUUCACUACCAAUGGAGUCAGUGUCGAGAUUCAGCAGCAGCUGUUGCCUUGUGUGUUUGUGAAAUCGAUAUUGGAGACGUGCACAAUGAUGUCGAAAUACAGCCGGGAACCAAUAAAACGGGUACAAGAAGCUUUGCAAAUUAUUGCUUAACUGAAUUAAGGUCUGCAGUGAAAUCGAACCCUGGAUUGAAAUCAAACUGCACCAUCAGAUGGGAAUGUUUUUGAUCUAUUUCAGAUUAAUCCUUUUCGGUUGAUUGCGUUUUCAGAAUGACAUUUGCAGUGAUCUUUACGAGGAGUCCAUUACAGUAUCAUCAAGGGAGAUAACUCGGAAAAUAGUGGAGUGGAAUUACGCUGUAGUUUAUUGCAAGUUUUUAUCUCAAAUUGGAAAAGAAAUUUAUAUUGUUUUGUUACGGACAAGCUCUUUACAAUGGAUCACAUUCACUGGAAAGGAAUAUAUGUUGUACUAGAUGCAAACACUGUCCUGAAAGCAAGCUCUGUCCCAGACACUUGAGCAUCUUGCUGUGCAUAGUACAGUCCAUAUAAAGGAAGCUCUGCACCAGAGCUGGCUCCCAGCAGAUUAGAGAUCUGACUGUUGGUGGUUGACGGGUACUACAUCGAACUUCACAGAGGCUGACACUUUCCCUUGUCCUAGGCAGCAACAUGUGUGUCAGUGAAAGGAAAAAGGUUUUAUACUUCUAUUUAAAUGGUUUCACUGAAUAUUGAAUUGUGGGUCUUUAUGGGAACUUCCUUGAAAUACCCAGCUGACCGAUCCUGUAUGACAUAGCUCUCAUACUGUCUGACAGAUGGGAGACAACCCAACGUCUCUGACGUAGUUAGUACUCCAGCGUGGGGACAAUUCACCUUGUCUGUCCUAGCAGUCAUAACUGAAGACAAUUCACCCUGUCUGACAUUGCUAGCAGUCCAGCAGGGGAGACAACUCCUGCAGUCUGGUGUUGUCGCUGUUGGACAGGGGAGACAACUCCUGCAGUCUGGUGUUGUCGCUGUUGGACAGGGGAGACAGCUAACCCUGUUUGAAGCAGUAAGCAGUCAGGCAGGGGAACAUCUCACCCUGUGUGAUUCUGUUAGCAGCUUGAUAGGGGAGACAACUCACCCUCACCAAUGUUGAUAAAUUGCUACUAAACUUAUAAUGUACCGUCCCUUCCUUGAGGUACAGUAAAACAUUGGCCAAUGUCGCAAAAAUCAAGCGCCACAUGGGCUAAAUAUUGUUUUUCUUCCUAAAUACUCUUCCUUGCCAAUGCUUCUCCUGACUAAGAAUACUGCCCUAGCCAGCAUGUAUGUAAUGAGAAUGGGCCAAUAUGGAUACUGCGGGCAAUACUGAUAUUGACCAAAAUGUAACUACCCUUUGCAUGGAUUUGAACUUGAGUGAAUAAUAUAAGAAUUCUUACAAUGUGCUAGCUUCCAUGCAACACGCAUGCUGAAAGUGCUGACAACACACACUAAUAUAUACACUAGAGUUAAGAGGCUGAGUUAUUAAACAAAAGUAUUUUAAGUCUUGCCUUGAAAAUAUCAAGUGAUGAGGCUAUUCUGAGGGCAACAGGAAGUGCAUUCCAUAAUUCCUUUGAAUGUUACCUCAAUUACAUAACAGCCAUAAAAUCUUGUUUGGGCUGUCAGCACACUAUAAAAUCUUGUUUGGGCUGUCAGCACACUAUUAAAUCUUGUUUGGGCUGUCAGCACACUAUAAAAUCUUGUUUGGGCUGUCAGCACACUAUAAAAUCUUGUUUAGGCUGUCAGCACACUAUAAAAUCUUGUUUGGGCUGUCAGCACACUAUAAAAUCUUGUUUGGGCUGUCAGCACACUAUAAAAUCUUGUUUGGGCUGUCAGCACACUAUAAAAUCUUGUUUGGGCUGUCAGCACACUAUAAAAUCUUGUUUGGGCUGUCAGCACACUAUAAAAUCUUGUUUGGGCUGUCAGCACACUAUAAAAUCUUUAGACUUUCAACUUCCCUGAUUAUGUCAAUGAAUAAAACUCUGCACAACAACUCUAUUCUCAAUAUGGCCGCAAUUAGUGCAUUUGCAUUGUCCCUGAAAUCAGCCCCAUCACUUGAUUAUUGUAGUUUAGGGCUACAACACAGGCCACUUGUUUUGAAUCCAGUUUAUGCAAACCCAUUGUUUCAGUUGAGGUAAAGAUAUGUAUGGGUGUCAGAUUCUGGUGUGGUUAUCCAGGCCCUGCAGCUGAAUGCAGACAGCAGCUCAACUACAUCACUAAAACUCAGUACUUCAACUCAGGUGUAAUGAGUUUAUUGGAAUUAAGUGUCACACAUUUGUAGGUCAUGAUGUGUGAGUAAAUCUCCCAGACCUUUGUGCAUCUGUCUAACCAUUGAUUGUAUAUAUCACAGAGCCAUGACACCUGUGACUAGAAAUUGUAAAAUAUCUUAAUGUUGCAUUCAUGAUUUAAUGUCCUUAUCGUUUUCAUCAUCAUAUUUCCAUUUCUAUUGCUGUUAUAUAUUUAAUUUGUUGAUUAAUUUUGUGUGAUUUAUGUCAGAAUGAGUGUCAAGAUUAUUAUUUAUAGAACUGAUGCUAAACUUUUGACAUUCGUGUACUGCACAAUAUAUGAUAUUGAGAGAAGAGUAUUGGUAAUUUUCCAAACCCUAUCUCUGAAAGGUGUUCAGCUGAAAGCCUUGGAGGUGUUUAGUUGGAAGCCUAAGAGGUGUUCAGCUGGCAACAUGAGAGGUGUUCAAGUGGACGUCUUUGAGGUUUCAGCAGGAAGCCUGAGAUGUGUUCAGCAGGAAGCCUAGAGGUGUUCAGCUGGAAGCCUAGAGGUGUUCAGCUGGAAGCCUAGAGGUGUUCAGCUAGAAGCCUAGAGGUGUUCAGCUGGAAGCCUAGAGGUGUUCAGCUGGAAGCCUAGAGGUGUGUUCAGCUGGAGCCAGGGGGGUGUUCAGCUGGAAGCCUAGAGGUGUUCAGCUGGAAGCCUAGAGGUGUUCAGCUAGAAGCCUAGAGGUGUUCAGCUGGAAGCCUAGAGGUGUUCAGCUGGAAGACAGGGGGUGUUCAGCUGGAAGCCUAGAGGUGUUCAGCUGGAAGCCUAGAGGUGUUCAGCUGGAAGCCUAGAGGUGUUCAGCUGGAAGCCUAGAGGUGUGUUCAGCUGGAAGCCUAGAGGUGUUCAGCUAGAAGCCUAGAGGUAUCCAGCUGGAAGCUUAGAGGUGUCCAGCUGGAAGCCUAGAGGUGUUCAGCUUGAGCCAGGGGGGUGUUCAGCUGGAAGCCUAGAGGUGAUCAGCUGGAAGCCUACAUGUGUUCAGCUGGAAGACAGGGGGUGUUCAGCUGGAAGCCUAGAGGUGUUCAGCUGGAAGCCUAGAGGUGUGUUCAGCUGGAAGCCUAGAGGUGUUCAGCUAGAAGCCCAGAGAUGUCCAGCUGGAAGCUUAGAGGUGUCCAGCUGGAAGCCUAGAAGUGUUCAGCUGGAAGCCUAGAGGUGUUCAGCUGGAAGCCUAGAAGUGUUCAGCUGGAAGCCUGAGAUGUGUUCAGCUGGAAACCUAAGGGUGUUCAGCUCGAAACCUGAGAUGUGUUCAGCUAGAAGCCUAGAGGUGUGUUCAGCUGGAAGCCUAGAGGUGUUCAGCUAGAAGCCUACAGGUGUCCAGCUGGAAGCUUAGAGGUGUCCAGCUGGAAGCCUAGAGGUGUUCAGCUGGAGCCAGGGGGGUGUUCAGCUGGAAGCCUAGAGGUGUUCAGCUGGAAGCCUAGAGGUGUUCAGCUGGAAGCCUAGAAGUGUUCAGCUGGAAGCCUGAGAUGUGUUCAGCUGGAAACCUAAGGGUGUUCAGCUCGAAACCUGAGAUGUGUUCAGCUGGAAGCCUAGAGGUGUUCAGUUGGAAGCCUGAGAGGUGUUCAGUUGGAAGCCCGAGAGGUGUUCAGUUGGAAGCCUGAGAGGUGUUCAGUUGGAAGCCCUAGAGGUGUUCAACUGGAAGCCUGAGAGGUGUUCAGUUGGAAGCCCGGGAGGUGUUCAGUUUGAAGUAUUUGAGGUGUUCAGCUGGAGCCAGGGGGGUGUUCAGCUGGAAGCCUAGAGGUGUUCAGCUGGAAGCCUAGAAGUGUUCAGCUGGAAGCCUGAGAUGUGUUCAGCUGGAACUCUAAGGGUGUUCAGCUCGAAACCUGAGAUAUGUUCAGCUGGAAGCCUAGAGGUGUUCAGUUGAAAGCCUGAGAGGUGUUCAACUGGAAGCCAGGGGGGUGUUCAGUUGGAAGCCUGAGAGGUGUUCAGUUGGGAGCCUAGAGGUGUUCAGUUGGGAGCCUGAGAGGUGUUCAACUGGAAGCCUGAGAGGUGUUCAGUUGGAAGCCUGAGAGGUGUUCAGUUGGAAGCCUGAGAGGUGUUCAGUUGGAAGCCUUAGAGGUGUUCUGUUGAAAGCCUAGAGGUGUUCAACUGGAAGCCAGGGGGGUGUUCAGUUUGAAGUAUUUGAGGUGUUCAGUUGGAGGCCUGAGAGGUGUUCAGUUGGGAGCCUAGAGGUGUUCAGUUGGGAGCCUAGAGGUGUUCAACUGGAAGCCUGAGAGGUGUUCAGUUGGAAGCCUGAGAGGUGUUCAGUUGGAAGCCUGAAAGGUGUUCAGUUGGAAGCCUGAGAGGUGUUCAGUUGAAAGCCUAGAGGUGUUCAACUGGAAGCCAGGGGGGUGUUCAGUUUGAAGUAUUUGAGAUGUUCAGUUGGAAGCCUGAGAGGUGUUCAGUUGGGAGCCUAGAGGUGUUCAACUGGAAGCCAGGGGGCUGUUCAGUUAGAAACAUAAGAGGUGUUCCGCUGGAAACAUAAGAGGUGUUCAGUUGGAAGCCUGUGAGGUGUUCAGUUGGAAGCCUGAGAGGUGUUCAGCUGGAAGCCUGAGAGGUGUUCAGUUGGAAGCUUGGAAGGUGUUCAGUUGGAAGCCUGGAAGGUGUUCAGUUGGAAACAUAAGAGGUGUUCAGCUGGAAACAUAAGAGGUGUUCAGCUUGAAACAUACGAGGUGUUCAGUUGGAAGCCUGAGAGAUGUUCAGUUGGAAGCCUGAGAGGUGUUCAGUUGGAAGCCUGGAAGGUGUUCAGUUGGAAGCCUGGAAGGUGUUCAGUUGGAAACAUAAGAGGUGUUCAGCUGGAAACAUAAGAGGUGUUCAGCUGGAAGCCUGGAAGGUGUUCAGUUGGAAGCCUGGAAGGUUUUCAGCUGGAAACAUAAGACGUGUUCAGCUGGAAACAGAAGAGGUGUUCAGUUGGAAGCCUGGUAUGUUCCCAGUGGUCCGAUCACUAAGCAGGUUUUCUUCUGAAACAUGUAGCAGAAGCUUCCUAAUGAAUGAAAUGUAUUUCUAUGCAGUCACUGGGAGGAGGAACAGGCCCCGACAAGAAGUCUUAACAUUACAACUUCUGGAGGGGACAUGCUAUAGUGUGCUACAACUGGCACAACAUAGCCCAGCGAUCUCUGUGUGAAACAAGGCCCAGCCUCCUGUGCAGCAGAUUUAUGACUUGUGCAGGAAUCAAUCGGUGACUGACGAAGAGGAACACUUAUUGUUGACCGGAUAAGUCAGCACUCCAACCAGCAGGUUUAUGACUUGUUCAGGAAUCAAUCACAGUCAGUGACAUUUUAUUUAGGGUCAAGCAAUACAAAAUGAUUGUAUUGUUGUGAUGGGUCCAUCAGUUUGGCCACAGUAAGUUUGUGUUUGUCACGAUGCAAGAACACAGGCUUCUCUCCGAUUUUAAGCUUAGCUCAAGAGGUUGACUGGUGCAAGCAAGGGAGGUUUACUGAUGCAUGCUACAGAGAUACAUGGAUGCAUGCUACAGAGAUACAUGGAUGCAUGCUACAGAGAUACAUGGAUGCAUGCUACAGAGAUACAUGGAUGCAUGCUACAGAGAUACAUGGAUGCAUGCUACAGAGAUACAUGGAUGCAUGCUACAGAGAUACAUGGAUGCAUGCUACAGAGAUACAUGGAUGCAUCAUCAGGGUUAGGGUCGGGGUGGGAACAAUAGGGUGUUUGGUUUCCCAACAGUAAUUAUAAUAGCUACUUGCAAAUGUUAAGAGUCUUUCUCCCAUCACUGUGUAGGACAGGACUCUCGGUCUCUGAACUGCAAUUACCAGAUAUGCUUUUAGUGGCACUUUUUUAAUCUUAAAAAGUGGGUGAGGCCUUUUAGUUAGGUGCCAUUGUCAGUCUCAGUCUAGACAGUGUAAUUACUUGGCUUGAGGAUGGAGACGCUGGCUCAUUGUAUUUAAGGGAACUGCGUAUUGCUUGGUUGAAUGUAAUUGAGACAACUUUGUACUGCGAGGUUGAAGUCUACAGCUAACCCGAAGUUACUAUGUGAGCUGAGCUUUCUUUAAAAGUCUAAUUCAAACUGCUUUGAUUCAAGCUCAUUUCAUUCUUCUGUCAGCGUCAUCCAUUCAGGAGGGUAAAAGCCAAAGUAAUACAGGCUUAAGACAAGUACUGCACUUGCAGGACACCCAACUGGGCUGUGAAAAUUAUAAGCAGCGAUGGUUAGGUAUGUCUCAUUCCCAGUUAUUGAUAUUGAUAUAAAUUUAUCUGAAAGCGCAGCCUAGGUAACCAAAAAAUUGAACUAAAUAGUCUCUUUCCACUGCAGUUAACGUCAAAUAAUUCCUGGCGUUCGGAAUAUGAUUGUGCUCCGAUUUCAUAUGACCGGUUCGGUUACAGUUCUUUCCACCUGUGACAGGGAGUGUUGCUUUUAACUAAACUGACGUCCAAAAGAAACUUUACCAGAGUUUGAAAUCACUCUUGCUCAAAAACAACAAAACAUACAUGCAUGAAGUAAAGUGUAUUGAGAAGAUCAAUAUAUUAAC